GUGUGUCAGCUUCACAUUGCCUUUAACAGCAUGAAGGCUUUCUUAUUCACCUGUACGCUGGUGCUAUGGCAGAUUGCAGCCUCAGCCAGGAGCUCUGACCAGGACUCACAGCUGAUACCUGGAUCUCUACCAGGCGGAGAUCUGAAUGGAUACUCAAUUGACUAUUUGAAAUCAAGGAGAGCUAGGGUAAGAAACUCAGCACUUGUGUCAUGCAUCAUACAAAAAUGUUCUCAUUAAUUAUAACUUUAACUUUGCAGUAUAACAUAUUAUGAUUUAUGCAAAUUUGUUGAGGAAUCUUUUCAUAGUUGUCAAAUUUCACUUAGUGAACAUUUUUGAUCCAUUUGUUCUUGAUAUUUGAGGACACAUAUUAAGAGUUACUCUUAUCAAUCAGGAAAACUGGAUUAUUGUAUAAGGCUAUGAGGAAGCAAUGAGAAAUGCAGUGUUGCACUCAAUGUAACAACUUGUGCACAGAAAGAAGUAACAUAAAUAAACAUCUCACACAGAGAAUUUGAUAAUACCAACUUUUUCUUCAAGAUAAAUUCCAACUAAGUGAGUAAGAAAGAAAAAAAUCUGAUCAUUGAAAUUUGAAAAAGUUAUUUAUAUCAUGCUUUAUAGGUUUAAGAUUUUAAAGGUUUUUUUCUUUGCCCAAUGAUAACUUAAAGUGGCUACACUAUAUAUCUCCAUCUGCAUAUAACCAAGUUUCUCUCUCUCUCUCCCUCUCUCUCUCUCUCUCUCACACACACACACACACACACACACACACACACACACACACACACACACACACACACACACACACACACACACACAGCUGUGCCAAGCUGUUCUUCCAGCAGACAAACCAAACCUCAAAUCCACCACACCUCCACCCUCUACUGACCACAAUAACCUCUUCAAAAAAUAUUUGGACAAACUAAAACCAAAGUCUGGUCUGGUGGAAACCUUUGGGAAGCACUUGCAAGAAGUUCAAAACCCACAAACAAUCAUGUGAACGAGAGGAAUAAAAUUCUAAGUUAGUAAGUAGACAGCUAUUAAGUGUAACUUCAGUUUUAUUGAGUUAAGACUCAAGUCUGGACCAGAUGUUUUUUGGUUUUUUUUCACACAAGACACCAACACCAGACCCUCUGGAGCCAGGCUGUAAACUGUCGUCUCAGUCAACCGUCACUGGAGCGAACUUUGAAAUUCUAAAUGUAGAAACAAUUAUUGUCUUCCAUUAAGUAGCCAGAGGGCCUGCAAGGCAACCCAGAAGAAGAGGUUAUAUUUCUUCAGCAAUAUUUCUUUCGGGGAUGGCCACUAAAGGGCAUCCAGCCAGCUCUUGAUUGUUUGGCGGUUAAAUACCCAGAUAAUAACCUUGGAAAGUAAGAUUAGACGAAGAUAAAGUUAUCUUAUUAGUUAAAUGUUUGCAACUGUCCUUUUUUGUUGCAACCCUGCAGGUAAACUUUCAGUAUCAUGAAGUUCAUUAGCAAAUGACACAAUGUUGGUCUAAGAUCAAACUUGCCACAAAAGUCUGUAGACUUGCAAAUCCUCAGGCCAGAGUACGAAUUCCAUCACAACCUUCAAAAAUUGAAAAGUUUCUUGAUUCCCAUACAGGGUUCACUUUUCAAAGCCUGAACAUGAUCUGACUCUUAAAUCAAAGGUCAUCAGCAGAAACCCAAAACUAACAUCAGAGCAGCUCACCAAAGAGUGGUAACACGCAGACUACAGCUGUGAAGACAUAAGCCAACAGGCAGCUGUGGGAUCUUUUAUGGCAAGGUGUGCUAUAGAGCAACCGAGCAAACAGUCUGAACAGAACUGUUUUCCCACAUUCAAUCUUGUCAAUAGCAAAGAGCAAUGGCCCAACUGAAUACAUCAGCUGGUCCAGCGCUGUGUUUUAUUCCAGCUCAAAUUCUUGGCAGAUACGACUGGAAACAUUUUUGUGAUUAUUGCAAUAAUUGUGUUCCAAACUCUGAGUAGAGCAAAAUAAACAGAAAAUAUUAAGCUAAUAGACAUUUUUCCUGAACUGGACUUCCAAGAUCAUGUUUUAUCUUCUUGCUUGUACUUGAAGCUUGAAACCCAAACUCCCCUUACCAACAAGGACUCUUCUGUAAUUAAACAGGGAUCUGAGGUCCUUUUUAGUCUAAAUGACAAGACUCUAAAGUAGACUUAACUUUUCCCCAAACAAUUACCCUCCACACGGUUAGUGCCUUCUUUGACUGUUUCUAAUUAAUCAAUACCAGUAAAACACUAUAAUCUCUAUCAGUAGGUUUAUCCCCAGCUAUGUGCCUGUGGCUGGUUGUAUAGAGAACAAUAUAACUGUAAGAGUCUCUCUUUUAACCAAGGUCAACUAAGAUGAUCUUGAGAAAUAAUGGGACCCUCAAUGUUAUUUUCUGUAUCCUUGCCACGUGCACCACCUCUGACAGAGGCAGACUCUAACCUCAAGUUUAUGUGAGCGCUACUAAAGUGAAUGUAGGACCAAUCACCUCUAAGUAUUCUUGAAUUUAAAUGUUUUUUCUGACUUAUAUUUUGGUGUAAGAAUUUUCUUGUUUGAAACAUCUCUUUGGAUCAGCAACCUACUGUGGCAAGAACAGGCAACAAAAAUAUCUACUGGCCUUAUUUUUGCUGAACCAGCAGUGCUGCCUCAUCUCAGAGAACACCAACGCCUAAACUAUUGAUUAAUAGUUAAAAUAGAAAGAGACCCCAUUUAUCAGUCUAAAUACUUUUUUAUUGAUGUUUACCUGCCAAAGGAAGAAAUCAUGUGUGAUGAUUAUGUGUCAGCUUUGGUAGUACCACCACACCUAUUAAUUAUCAAAACCUGACCAUCGUACAACAACAGCUGAGGAAAAGUUAAUUCUUCUUCAUUUUUUUCUCAUAAUUAUUCUUGCUGGACUUGAACAUGCUGUGUUUUCUCCUGUAGAGAGCUCUGCCUCCUGCUGAUGAACCUGAUGGCAGCCCAGUUACAGAGGAAGGAGAUGCCUCUGGUAAGAGAAGGACCUAAAAACUAUGAGUCAACUACGAAAUACACACAUGAACAUCAAAUUUAAACUAUGGGUAAAAUUUGAAAUUUCUGUCCAGUUACAUGAAGUUGUUUUCACUCCCUCUGUUCAAGGUUUACGGGUUAGAAGUAAAAGUUUAUCUUAGUUGUUGCUGGGUUAGCCCAGGAACAUGAGUUGCCUUAUUUGGCCUGUGAAGAAUUAUAUUUCUUGUUUUCGUUGGCUAGUUGACCAAAGUAUAAAAUUAAAACACACCUCCUUCCUAAUAAUAUACUUGGAUUUUGUUUAAAAAAUUGUUAGCUGCCGUUUUUCUCGAAUCCAGCUGAAUUAGUGGUUUGUUGUCAAAAGAACCCUGUUGGACCACAACCAGUCAAUGCUCUCUGGCCCAAACAUCGGGCUCCUUAUGUCUAUAAAGGUAAACAUAUCCUAAAAGGGCUUUUUCUACAAAUUGUUUGUUGAUUUUUUCUGUGCUGGUACUGUAUUGCAGACUUGCCCACAUGUCUGCUCUGUGUAUGUCUGACUGGUUCUGUGUACUGUGAGGAUGUCAGUCCAGACAUGACCUCUGUUCCAACCCUGCCCAAAGAGACAGCCUACCUGUACGCACGCUUCAACAAAAUCAAAAAGAUCAGCAGCAAAGAUUUUGCAGACACUGGUAAGUUUAGAAACUUUCUCCAUGACAAAGUUGACAGAGUAUAGACUGAAAGAGACUUUCUCCUAGACUGAAAGUUGACAGAGUAUGCCCUCCGACUUUUUCUUUGAUAAGACAUUUCUUUACAAAUCCAAAUCAGUGGAUCUCAUUUUCUGUGAAAAAUUUAAAUAAAGCCCUUGCAGUUAUGGAAAAAGCACUCCAACACUUUUACAGUUAAAGUGUAAUGGAUUAUCUAUGACCAUUAGCAAAAAGAGAUGUGAGAUCCCCAACUCCUGAUGCUGUAAUACCAAAAAUACUGUAGUCAGGUUAACCAUAACUUGAAACUUAAGAACAGGAUAUCUUGCCUUUUGCUGCACAAAUUUUGCCAUUUUUUCCACAAUUAACUUUUAGACUAAUAACUUAAUACAAAACUGGAAGUGCAAAAAAUAGAUAUACAGAGUUUAAAAGAUAACUGAAGCGCCAAAGAGAAAAAAAGGAGUUACAAUAUGCAGCCUGCAGCUUCAUUCCCAUUGACUGCUUGUUGCUGGCUUAAAACUGAUGAUUCCAUCAUGUCUAUGGUUUAUUUUAAAUUUUUGUCAACCAGGGAGGAAAAAGUAUAUUGUGAGAGAUCUAAAAUAUAAUUUAUCUGUACUUGUUGUCUAUAAAAAAAGAUCUGACUAAAGUUUAAAACUUUAAUAUAAAUACGACUAUUUGAUUGUAUCACUUAAAAGGGUCAUUAUUUAGCCUGACAAAGAUCAAAACUAGGUUGUGCACGGGCACAGCUUAGCUAUAACUUCAACAGUCUGUGAGUCUGUGAGCUCCAGCAGUUUUCUCAUUCUUCAUGUUGAUGAAGAACAUUAAUGCAGUCACUUUGACUUCUUAAGGCUCAUUUAUUUUGUUCUAAAUGCUUCAAAAACCAAGCACAGUGUGUGUGCAAACCAAAUGACAGCUUUGAGGCAUUUUUCUGCUUUUUUUUCUGGCAGUUAAAACACAUCUAGUUUCUUACAUGUAGACAAGGUAAAUGGCAAACAUAUUUUUUCUCCUCAGAUUGGUACUGAUUAAAUUUGCCCCGUCAUUAGAGUCAUGUUUCAUGACUCUAGUGACAGGAGGAAGCAGUGUGAAAGCUGUGACCGCUCUGCUUUCUGCUUCAAGAGAGUAUUUCAGCUACAAGGAAUCAGAUAACUAAUUGUUUGUCCUUCUAUCAAUAGUAACUCUAAAGAGGAUUGACUUCACGGGAAACCAGAUCUCAGAGAUUGAAGAUGGAGCAUUCUCAAAGCUCACACUACUGGAGGAACUGACUCUUGCUGAGAACAGACUGGUCAAACUUCCGAUGCUCCCUGCCAAACUAACAUCAUUCAAUGCCAACCACAACCUCCUCAAAACAAAGGGCGUCAAGGCAAACCUUUUCAAGGUAUACCUCAUUACUACCCUAAACUUUGUCAAUUAGGAGUAUCCUGACAUUACAUUUAACAACUGAAUCUGUAGAUCACAAUGGCGGGCUUUGUUUCUCCAACAGAAAAUGACCAAGCUGGUCACUCUGUAUCUGGCCAACAACGAGUUAGAGGCUGUACCACACAUACCUGACAGUGUCCGCACCUUACAUCUACAGGUAUGUAUCUCCAGUUACUAAAAUAUAGAUAAAUAAGUUAAUUUCUAUUUUUGGUAUCAAUGUAUUUGUUCUUAAUUUGAUUUAGUUACAUUUAACACUUUUUAUGUCCUCCAGAACAAUAAUAUCACUGAGGUCAACAUUGACACCUUCUGCCGGUCCAAUGACACCUAUUACCUUCGACCAAGCCUCAAUGAAGUCCGUAUGGAUGGCAAUCCUGUUAUACUGUCUAAGUACCCUGACAGCUUCACCUGUAUGAAGGUACUGCCAAUUGGACGGUACCGCUGAGCAAACCAAAACUUGACCCUAUCCUUUUUGCUGCUGAUGGAGACAAUUUCCCACAACAGAGUUCUGAGGAUGGUGUGAGUGUCUGUGUUUUUGGGCACUGAUCCCACAGUGGGAACAAAGAUGUCAAUGUUUUCACUUCAGCCAACCUUAAAAUAGACUGUAACUUUGUCAAGUCAAAAUGAAGCCGCUAACUGGACUGACACUUCCAGGUAUUUCUCUACUCUGGCUAUAUCCAGCUUUGCUGAUGUUGGGGAGUAACAGGCAUUGGUUUAUUGUCUGAGUCUCAAAACACUUUCAGAUAUCAUGCUGGAGUUAUAUUAAAAAAAGCUUGAAUCUGGCAAAUGAGUGGAAAGCAUCAAAAUCUCUGAAUCAUCAGUCCAGUCAGUUUAUUGUUUAAUUUUGACUUGACUCUUAACUACCUAGAAUGAUAAAAAAAAAAAAAAACACAGACUGCAUAUUGGACCUGCAACGGCCCAGCAGGCUUGUUCAUGACUGCCCGAAACAUAUUAUUGGCUUUAAACCCGAUAUUACUUUGUUUCACUGUUUUUCUGUGGAAUUAUUUCUUUAAAAAAUGCAUUUGGGUACUGUAUGAAGAGGUCUGCAAAAAGGACCUUGUUUAAGUUUAGAAUCUGUAAUUUGGGGAUUUUAAAUUUGUUACAUGACGGACAAUUCAGAAGAUUUUAAGUGCAUUUUUAGACAAGUGCCUUUCCCUGAAUGACAUUUUCAACGGAAUUGUUGCAAAAAAUGCAUGACUUAAAUGCAGUUUUUAUUUUAUAUAUAAUGUAUAAUACUGUUGCAUGUUUCACUUUGAAGUUUUAAGUCCUAAGAAUGAGUGUGAAACACAUGAAAGAAACAAGAGCAUUUUUUUGCAGCUGAUAUUUUCAUACUUGGUCCAUGUGCUUUAUCUAGUCAGGUACUCCUACUAUCCAAUGGAUGGAAAGAGUUUAGGGCGAGAAACUGUACUGCAAUGCUAUUUUCCAAAUAAUAAUUCAGUCCAGCUUUACAAUAGGAGUAAUUGAUACCAGUUUUUUGUUGUAAAUUAUCUCAAACUGACAGUCGAGAAAAGUUUCUGAGAUUGCGCUGAAAGGAAAGUAUCCGGUAAGCAUUUAAAACAUUUUUUCAUUACAAUAUUAGUAUGUUGCCUUGAGAUUUAUUGCAUGUAAGAAAAUUGAUCCCAGCUGACUCAGGCAGCUGAUAACCAUUAGACUGUCUCAUAAUGCCCGCAGGAAUAGUCUGCAAAUACUUUUCUCAUUGAAUGUUCUCUCAGAAGAUGACUAGACAUGAACACAACACUGUGGGUUUUGCCAUUGUGUAAUUAAUUUCUUCCCCAUUGUUGUGCCAUUUCAAAAUGCCUUUCAAACUACAGUGACUGUGUAAAUGUGUCCAAUGAAGGCUUUUUUCAGCAUUUUUGACAUGUGUCACCUUUUCUAUUUAUAGUGUCUAGUUGAGGUUAUAACUGGGUGGAAAUGUAUCUAUAAAGUAUGGUAAUGUGAAAGUUACUCCUUUUUAUUUUUCUUGCUAGUGUCCCAUGCACUUGCCUUCCAGUAUUAGAACUACUUCAGAAAUGAUAACUGAUGUGAAUAAGAGUGGUGCACAGGAAGAUGUGUGACAUGGCUG